GCUGCAGUGCGGCGCUUUAUUCUUUAUUCUUUGCGCCUUUCUCACACUACAAAAGCUGUAUUUGAUAGUCGUUGUCGUUGCAAAUGGCAUUACGUUUAGUGAAUAGUGAAAAUCACAGUUGUGGUUGUGGUUGCAAUUGCAAUUCAUAUUGAUUGAGCGUCUUUCAAUUGGCAAACAAUCGAGUCAAGUCAAAUACAAAAGCAAAGACAACGCACUCACUCGCAGCGUAGCAAUUGACAGAAUUACGUAUACGCCGCGUGCGCUUUCAUUUGUUUUGUUUGCGUGAUUGCGAUUGUUCGCGGGUGUAUCUCUCUCUCUGUGUAUGUACGAUUGUGUGUUGUUGUGUUUGUGUUGGUCGUGCGCCCAUUUGAAUGAAUUUUAUAUAAAUGCCGAGCCAAACUUGGAGCACUGCCUAAAUAGUUUUGCGAAAAAAAAAAAAUGUUUUGCAAACAAAAACAGCGUGCCAAUUAAAUGAGUUUUCAGUAUGCUCAUAAAAACUGAAGCCAGCAGAAAGUGAACACAUUACUGGGCCGUUUUUUGUUUUGUUCGAGCUCAAAGUCAUGCAAUGGCAUUGCACCUGGGCACAGGCAACAAACAACACAAACAAACUUCCCGUGUUCAACGUCAAAAAAAUCAAUAAUUGACAUCUUGACUUCACAACAGCAGCAGCAGAAGCAGAAACAGCAGCCCGUAGAGAAAGUUGCGGAAGUUGUCCCGAAAAAAAAAGAAAAAGAAUAACAUAAUAUAUAACACACCCUUAAGAAUGAAAUUAUAAAUUCCAUUUGCAAGAUUCUUUGGCGUAGAGGAAAACAUUUGUCAUCAUUUAUGUGAUGUUUCGUGUGUAAUAUUUGAUAUAUUUUUGUACUCUGAACACAGCACAGAACAGCACAGAGCAGCGUUAACUAAAUUUAGCAAUAACCAACAACAAACGGAGGCGUAUUAAGAACGAAUAUGAACAUGAACAAAAUGUACAGAAACUGUCGCCAACUGCACGCAAAAUUCAUCGCGUAGCAGACUGAAAUAUUAUUGAACACAACAACAAAAAAUGAAUGGGAAAUAUAUCAAAAGAAAUAAAAAUAGCAAAUACUCGUAAUAACUAAUAAAUAAAGUAAAGAAAAGACGUAAAGAAAAGAACCGUUUCUAUGCAUUUGGCCUUGUGUCUUAAAUGAAAUUGAACAAGAGCAACGCAAAUUGUCGCGUACGGCGAUAUUUGCUCAUCUUUACGGCAUUAUCGCUGCUAUUGCUGCCGCUAUCGUUGAUCUACUUGGUAUGGAAUGAGCAGCUGCAGAAGAUUAAGGGAUACGAGGCCUUUAAUGCGCAACAGCAGCAGCAAGAGCAACAACAGCAGCAACAACAACAGCAACCGCUGUCGGUGGGCCAAACAUUUCGUUAUCCUGUGCUGCUGCUGAACAAAAACAAAAACAAGGAGUUGACUGUGGUCGCAACGGGCAAGACUAAGAAUAAGUGGCGCUAUGUUGAUAAAAUUAACAAUGAAACAGGACUUCCGCUUAUACCCGACUAUGCAGUGCAGACGCUUUCACAGGACGAAAUGCAGGAAAUGUCUGUGCGCAUGGAAGAACGACUUGAUAGACUGAAGGACAAGUGCUCGGAGUACGGUUUGGAUGUGUUGGGUCAUGAUUCGUGGCAUACACCAAACACAUGGGAGUUUUUAGUGAAUAAAAAGUAUCAUAUUAUAUGGUGCAAUGUCUUUAAGGCAGCAUCAUCGUCCUGGAUGUUCAAUUUCAAUGUGCUGGCUGGUUACACGCCGAACUAUUUGCAUAAGACCAAAAAGAUUCUGCUGAACUUGGCCAGAGAGCGUUAUCCACGUGUGACACUUCAAGAGCUGCGAGAGGCACAAAAUGAUUCAAUUACAUUUAUCAUAGCUAGGAAUCCCUUCGAGAGACUGUUGAGCGCCUAUCGAGAUAAAAUUGUAUUCGCUCUACCUUAUUCCUUUCACGAUAAGCUGGGACGCAGCAUUGUGCGCACGUAUCGCAAAAAGCCAAAGCUGGUGGCACGUUCUGGCAACACAAAGUAUCCGUCAUUUCCUGAAUUCGUCCACUGGCUGCUCGACCAGGUGAAGCGUGGCAACUACAUCGACAUGCACUUUGUGUCGGCGACAUCAUUUUGCACUCCCUGCCUGAUUCGCUUUGAUAUGAUACUCAAGUUCGAAUCGCUGGCAGAGGAUCAACUAUAUCUAAUCGAAAAGACUGGCCUCAAGCGUGUCAUUGCCCCGGUGUGGCGCAACAUGGGCAAAGGAGGCAGAAAAACGCAGGAGCUGCAACAGCAAUUCUAUUCACAGCUGACCAGAAAGGAGAUGAUGGCGCUGUAUGAAUAUUAUCAAUUCGACUUUGAUCUGUUCGGCUAUGACAUUAAAGAAUAUUUGAAGUAUGCUCGAGCAGAUGCAUUGGAAGAUGCCGCCGCAUCGGUGGCGUAGUAACUAAGCUAACUAACUCUAUAGCUAAGCUUAAACUUAAACUUACAAAUUCAUAGAAUUUAGCGAAAUGAAAUCUUAGACACAAUACAUAUGAACUAAUUAGCCGUCACAGUACGUAAAUUGCAAAUGUUGAUAAUAAUGAAUGAAACAAUAAUAAAGUUAAAGAGAGAAAAGUAAUGAAGAAAUGAUAUUAUUAGGAGAUAUGUUAUUUCUUCUUCUCAUCCGACAAUUCAUACAAAAUCUAGUUGGGUUCCAAAUAUGAAUUUCGCUUUAUUUUUGUUGUUGUUUCUUUGUUUGUUAAUAAAAAUAAUAAGUUUAAUUUGUAAUAUUAAAUGAUUAUAUAAAAAAUAGCAAUAAUAAAAAAAUCAUUAAAUUCGACUACAUAUUGUAUAAUUUAAUGAAUUAACUAGCUACAAUAAUUAACUGAGAUACCGUUACACAAAUCUUUACUGCAUUCUUUCGACCAAUAUCGAAUCUUUCCCAUAAGUUUUGAGCGCAUCGAAUUAGUUGUUUCUUUUAAUUUUGUUUUAUUUUUUUUUCGUUUGUUUUGUUUUUUGUUGUUUUUUUUUUGUUUGUUUUAACUUAAAUUAUACAUACAAUAGGGUUUGCUUGUUGUUGUUUUUCGUUUUUUUAGUAAUUGUAAAACAUAAUAUGCAUGUAUAUAUUUAUAGAUGUAUUUAAUAUAUUCAGUUAUAUGCCUACUAAACUAUGCGCUGUUGAAGUUUGCAUCAUCUAGUUAUACAUUGUUUUUUAGCACACACACAGAAUUUGAAAUUGUUUUGUUUGUUUCUUUUUAAAUUUAUAUUUAAUAUAUAUACGUGGUCAAUUGAUUUCAGUGUAUUUUACAAUAUUACGGCGUUUUCUUCUUUUUUCAAUUCUUGUUUUUUUGUAUAAAAUUUACCUAUUUUGUGGCUGGUGCAAAUGUUCAAAAUGAAAAGUCUACCUGCAAGAACAUUAUAAAGACGCACACUCACGUUGGGCGCCACUAAUAAUCAUAAUAAUAAUGAUAAUAAAAAAACAUAUAUAUUGUAUGUUUAGUGUCUACAACUACGUUCGGGUUUUUAGUUCUAUUUUUUGCUGUAAAUUUGUUAAUUACGAUGUGUUGUUGUUGUUGUUUACCUAGUUAAA